UCGAGGUGGUUGAUAAAUGUAUAUUUUAUUUUAAUAAAUGUCUUUGACUAAAUGACUGCAACACAGUCGAUUUAUCGUAUGCAUUUUUUUAUUGUGAUAAUAGAGUGAGAAAAUCUGCAUUUGGUGGUCAUUAGCGGAAAGUUAAUAGCGGAUACGAAAACACUUCAUCUGUGACAACAUCACAAGAAACGGGAAAGAAGGCUAAAUGGAAUCAGACAUGAGAUAUGCAGUAAUUAAGUUCCCCCAAGACAAUACAGUUGAUGUUGUUCCUUCCAACUGGCUUGAAACAACAAAUGAGGGUAUAUAUUGCUAUUGGCCUCGAAAAAACUUUACAGCCAAAGUUAAGCGCAGAGACGUUCCAGAUCCUGCCAUGUGGUCAAAACACUUGGCAUCUGUUCUGGUUUAUGCAGAAAACUAUGAGGAAGCCAGACUCAAGUCAAACCAGGCAACCGUUACUUCAAACCUGGAGAGUGAUGAAGAACCUUCCCGAAGACCAGUACGGCGGCCAGCCAGAUACAGAAGACCACUGGAGGAUAGUGAUGAAGAGGACAUGCCAGCACCAAAGAUGUCACGCACUGUAAAUACAUCCAGAUUCACCCCAAGGAGAGAAUUUUUUGGUGAACGAAUGUCAAAGAAAAGCAUUCCUGAAACGUUGCCAAGAAACACAUUUUCCGAACCUUGUUCUUCAGGGCUUUUAAUUCGUCAAGAACCUGAGUCUGACAGGGAACUUCUAUUCGAAGCUGAUGUGUCCCAAGAUGUUCCUUCAUCAGCUGGGCAAACCAAUUUGUGCAGUACUGAAUUGAAGAAGCUGGAGCGAGCCAUGUUUGUCAGGCUGGACAAACUGGAGCAAAAGAUGUCAGCCAUUGAAACUCUUUUAAGAACUGUUGUCCAAACAAGCGACACUUCUUGUGAGUUUCUGGUGAAUCCUUGCCAGAGCUCUCAAGAAUUGGAUGAUUUGUGUCUGAAGCUGCAAGACAAUGACUUCCGAAAAAAAACUGUCCAUUACUUAAGCCUCCUCGGAGGCAAAACACCUGGCGAUGCCAUCCGCAGGGUCUUGCGUACAAUUGGAACUAAUAGUCUAUGGUCAAAAUACAGCAUGAGAGGAAGGAAGGGGGAAAAAAAAUUUGGAGAGCUGAACAUUUGCAGCGUGAUCAUUCAAGCCUGCCAAAAGAUCCACCCAAAAGUGCCAGCUAAGGUGUUAGAGGACUGCAUUGCAGACACUUUAAAAUAUGCUCCCCAUCGUGAGUCAAGGAUGGAGCAUGAACAGCAGACGGACUAGUUUUCAGCACCCACACAGACAUCCACAUUUAUUUAAGUUCUUACUGAUUGUAUGUUUUAAUUAAAGUACUUACAUUUCCUGUCAAAUUAUAAUUAUUUUUCAUUAGUGUUAACCUACAUUUUAAACUUUGUUACAUUUUAUAUAAUU